AAUGUGGAAAAAAUGACGCCACCACCCGCCCCGUGGUGAUGUCAGCGCGGCGGGAGGCGCGGAUUGGCUGGCGGCGGCCCGGCCUGGGGGGGCUCCGCGCCCUCCACCGACUUUUAAAAGUGGCGGCGGCGCCGGGUCGGGAUCGGGACGGGGCGCCCGGGAGAGACAGGGACGAGCCGAACUGAGCCGAGACCAGCCGAGCCGAACCGGGACAGAUCCGGACGGGGACGACCCGAGCCGGGCCAAGCCGAGCUGAGCCGAGCCGGGAUAAACCCGGACCGGGACGGGACGAGCAGAGCCGACCUCCCGGGACCCCCCGGGACCCCCCGCACAGGGCCCAUGUCCAACGUGCACUUUAACCGCGGGCCGGCCUACGGGCUGUCGGCCGAGGUGAAGAAUAAGCUGGCGCAGAAGUACGACCUGCAGCGGGAGCGGGAGCUGCGCGCCUGGAUUGAGGGGACCACCGGCCGCCGCAUUGGAGACAGUUUCAUGGAUGGCCUCAAGGAUGGCGUCAUCCUCUGCGAGCUCAUCAACAAGCUGCAGCCUGGCUCCGUGCAGAAGGUGAAUGAACCCAUCCAGAACUGGCAUAAGCUGGAGAACAUCGGAAACUUCCUGCGGGCCAUCACGCGCUACGGGGUGAAGCCCCACGACAUCUUCGAGGCCAAUGAUCUCUUUGAGAACACCAACCACACGCAAGUCCAGUCCACCCUCAUCGCCCUCGCCAGCCAGGCCAAGACGAAGGGGAACAACGUGGGUCUGGGGGUGAAGUACGCAGAGAAGCAGCAGCGACGCUUCCAGCCUGAGAAGCUGCGUGAAGGCAGGAACAUCAUUGGUCUCCAGAUGGGCACCAACAAGUUUGCCAGCCAGCAGGGCAUGACAGCAUACGGGACGCGGCGGCACCUCUACGACCCCAAGUUGGGGACAGAUCAGCCACUGGACCAGGCCACCAUCAGCCUCCAGAUGGGCACCAACAAGGGCGCCAGCCAGGCCGGGAUGACAGCCCCAGGGACAAAACGCCAGAUCUUUGAGCCAGCGUUGGGUAUGGAACGGUGCGACACACUGACCAUUGGGCUGCAGAUGGGCAGCAACAAGGGUGCCUCACAGCAGGGCAUGACGGUGUACGGGCUGCCGCGGCAGGUCUAUGACCCCAAGUACUGUGGUGGCCCUGAGCUGCUGGGCGAGGAUGGCCUUGAUGGCUUCUACAACUCCCAGUAGCCACCGGGCUAGCGGUUGCUUGCGCUGCAUCGCCCUGCCCCGCGCGUACCAGGGUCGCACUGCACUGGCCUCACCAUGCCACAAACCCCCCCCCGCCCCCCCCCCCCCCCUCGCCUCUCCAGGGCUCUGUGGGGCUGGCUCAGCCAAGGGGGGGUUUGGCCCAUGGGGGUUCAGCCCGGGGUUUACCCCCCCUGCCGCGUGAAGCCACUGAGGCACAAAUAAAAUCCACACGCAAAGUCACUG